AUGGCGACUCCAACCGCGCGCCUGCCAGAACCGGACCGACGCACCUCCCUCGGCUUCCUUCGACGUUCCAAAUCCACCGAACCCCUGGGCGAACGCAAAUCAUCUGGUUCUCGCCGAAAGAAGAUGGAAGACCAGCGUCAGCGGGAGUCUUACGCCCCCAAAGUUCCUCCCCGCUUGCCUGACUUCUCCCCCGCUCCCCAGCUGGAAACCUUUGGCGGCGAAGAGCGCGAUAAGAUCGCCCCAGCUCCCAGUUCUCGCCCUCAGUCCGGUGUCGCCUCGCCCACCAUGACCGGUUCAAUUAACAAUGUGGUCGACCCUUACGCCCGCACCGAAAGCAUGACCCAUCGUGGCCGCUACAGCUACGCCAGUACCAACAGCACCCUCAACAGCCCCCGUCGCGUACGCCGCCGCAAGGACCCGACCUCCUACAAUGUCUUGGUCAUCGGAGCCCGGAACUCGGGCAAGACCUCGUUCUUGAACUUCCUCCGCUCGGCCCUAACCAUGCCCGCGCACAAGCACCCGUCCCGCACCCCCGAGGAAACCCAGGAAUUAGAACGCCAGACCUCCGCCUGGGAAGGCUUCAAGGCCCAGUACCUGGAGACCGAGUUUGAUGGAGAACGGGUUGGACUGACCCUGUGGGACUCGGUGGGUCUGGAGCGCAACAUUGCCGAUCUACAGCUGCGGGGCGUGACAGGGUUCCUGGAGAGCAAGUUCGAGGAAACUCUGGCCGAGGAGAUGAAGGUCAUUCGAUCCCCCGGAGCUCGCGAUACCCACAUUCACUGCACCUUCCUGCUGCUGGACCCCGUGCGCCUCGACGAGAACAUCGCGGCCGCCGAGCGGUUCGCAAAUGGGACCUCCAAGGCGUCGGAUGCGCCCAUCUGUGGCAUUCUAGACCAGAACCUUGAUCUGCAGGUCUUGCGCACGGUGCUGGGAAAGACCACGGUCGUGCCGGUCAUCAGCAAGGCGGACACCAUCACCUCGGCUCAUAUGCAGUAUCUCCGCAAGGCGGUUUGGAACAGCUUGAAGCAGGCCAACAUUGAUCCCCUGGAGAUUCUGACGUUGGAGGACCAAGAGGAGUAUACAUCGUCCGAGAGUGGCGACGAGGAGGAGACCGAUGCCACUGGCGAAGCCGGCGAGACCGCCACGGAGGCGACAGUGCCCGGAUCGCCCUCGCAGCACAGUGACGGCACCCGCAGCCAGGCUGCCAACCAGCACGUUCCCUUUUCGAUCCUCUCUCCCGAUCCGCACUCCCUCGCCGCUGGCGACCAGCCCGUGGGCCGUCGAUUCCCUUGGGGCUUCGCGGACCCUUACGACGCCGACCACUGUGACUUUGUGCGGUUGAAGGACUCCGUGUUUUCCGACUGGCGCACCGAGCUGCGGGAGGCCAGCCGCGUGAUCUGGUAUGAGCGCUGGCGAACCAACCGUCUCAACCGCAAUGGGCAACCGGUGCAGAAGCAGCCCACCUAUGGGGGCCGCAUGGGGCCUGGCGAUGGUCGUCGCACUCGCUAA